AAAAACUUUAGUAAAUGCAGCUACCAAAUCUUUAGUAGUCGAAACAUUUGUAAAAUGUACACAUUUUUUGUAAAUAUUACCAAAACUUUGUAUGAUGUCAGAUGUGUACAUCCCUACCAAUGAUUCGUACAUUUUACUUCAUAGCAUGUGUAACCUUGAGUAUUUUCAUUUCUAACAACUGUGUGUGUGCGCAACCGCCAUUUCUCUAAUGGAAGCGAAGCGAUUUGGAGCCUAAAAUCGUAGUAUCCAUACAAAAGUUUCAUGCAGCCGUAAGCGUUUAGAUAAACUAAACAUUAGAGGCCAAAAACGGCGGAUGUCGCCGUACACAAUUGAUUGAAGAUCCGAUUAUUGUUUGAUUCGUUGUUCGAGGAAACGAUGGAUAUCAGUUGGGCCAAUCGUACCGUCAGCAGCGAGGAAACCAACAACAACCGUUUCACACUGAGCAAUCAACAGCUAAAAAGACUACCAGCACCGAUUCGGACAACAUCGACUCAGAUGAGAAGCAGCAGCAACAGCGCAGAUUGUCGGUGUUAUUCCAAUAAUAUACUGUCUGCAGCAAAAACUCCACUAGCUGAUGAACGAUAUGCUACGGCGAAAGUUCCACAAUUUCAAGCACAGCGUCACGACAACAUUAAUUCUACAGCAGUACUUGGGAGCCCACUAAUCCUUCCAUCGAAGGAUCGGAGCGAUAUGUGUCCUAUUUUCUACAUAAUUUCCUCCACAAAUUACAACUUCACGGAGCUCACCAACAGAAAAUCCGCGUCUGAGAAUGAUGGGAAGAAUCAGUUUGCGUGGUCUGGAUCGGUACAUGCUGCCUCCACUCGACAUGGAGCGUCAUAUCAAGCAGUAACAUCUUUAAUUCUGGUCGUAUUGUCAGCGCGGAGGCAAUCAUUAGAAGCGCGGUUGGAGCAUUCGAUCGGCAAUCAAGCAAUCCACCAAAGGGAGGAAGUAGACAAAGAUUUGAUGUUUCGCUGUCACAAGAUUAAAACGACGAUCAGGUGCUGCUGACUUCCGGCUCGGCAUGAGGCUGAGUGGAGAAUUUCUUAUUAAAUUGAAAGAACAAGUACUACCAAUUUUGAUCCACAAUGAGCAAUCAGCAUGUGACUAAACUGAGAGUUUUUUUUCACUAUGCAGCUUCCAUUGGGAUUUCCAGUAAAAAUAG